AUGGGGUAUCCAACACCUUUGGAUCACGAGGAAACCGAAGAGUCAGCAGAGUUGCAAGAAGGUGACGGAGCUGCAGGUUUGAAGUCUUGCCAAAGAAUGCUGUGGAGCGAGACCAACUUACAGCUCGCCUGCGGCACCCGCUGCCGCAGAUUGAGAAGAGUGAAGGAUGAGGCCCGUCAGGUCUGGAUGGAGUAUCAGGAGGUAACGCUACUAGACAACUCCAGACGGUUCCAGUGGGUAAGCAACUUGCCCUUCUUUUUGCCUUAUGUUGUAUCUCCAUUUGCUGCAAUAAGAAGCGGAGGCAGGAGCGAAGCGGAAACAGGAGCCCCCAGUGGCUCUUUUCCCAUGAAAUGGGAACCUACUCUGAUUGGCGCUAAAUUGUCUCUGGAUAUUUGCAUACGGGCGCCUCAGGUGGAGUUGGCGGACAACGGUAUUUCUGCUGUGGAGUGA